UUUUAUUAGAUGGUGGUUCUGAUGGACCCAAUGGAAGAUCCAGAUGACAUCCUGCGUGCCAACCGCUCCAGGGAGAAGACCUACAUGUUCGACGUGGCGUUCGACUUCUCGGCCAGCCAGGAAGAGGUUUACCGAGCUACAACCAAAGGGCUCAUUGAAGGCCUCAUAUCAGGAUACAAUGCCACCGUGUUUGCCUAUGGACCCACAGGUUGUGGGAAGACGUACACCAUGCUGGGCACUGACAAAGAGCCAGGCAUCUAUGUUCGCACACUGAAUGACUUGUUUCGUGCCAUCGAGGAGACCAGCGACGACAUGCUGUACAGCGUCUCCAUGUCCUAUCUAGAGAUCUAUAAUGAGAUGAUUAGGGACCUGCUGAACCCAUCCUCAGGCUUCUUGGACCUGAGAGAAGACUCUAAAGGGGUGAUCCAGGUGGCGGGCAUCACAGAGGUGUCGACCAUCAACGCCCAGGAGAUCAUGGAGUUGCUAAUGAAGGGCAACAAGCAGCGCACACAGGAGCCAACGGCGGCUAAUCGGACGUCGUCUCGCUCCCACGCCGUGCUGCAGGUCGCCGUCAAGCAGCAGAGCCGCUGUCGUGACGUCCUGCAGGAAGUCCGCUUCGCUCGGCUCUUCAUGAUCGACCUCGCCGGAUCAGAACGAGCAGCUCAGACUCAGAAUAGAGGUCAGCGGUUGAAAGAAGGCGCUCACAUCAAUCGUUCCCUCCUGGCUUUGGGCAACUGCAUUAACGCCCUGAGCGAUAAAAAUGGCAACAAGUACGUCAACUAUAGAGACAGCAAGCUGACCCGCCUACUGAAGGACUCGCUGGGUGGGAACAGCCGAACAGUGAUGAUAGCGCAUAUUAGCCCCGCCUCCAUGGCUUUUGAGGAGUCUCGUAACACCCUGGCGUACGCCGACCGCGCCAAAAGCAUCCGGACACGGGUGAAGAAGAAUCUGAUAAACGUGUCGUACCACAUUGCUCAGUACACAAACAUCAUCUCUGACCUUCGCUGCGAGAUCCAGCGGCUCAAAAAGAAGAUCUCAGAGCAGGCGAGCCUGAAGAUCAGCUCCGAGCGAGCGGACAUCCGAAACAUUCAGGCGGAGGUCCAAGCCCAGUCCAGCCAGCAGAGCAGAGCAGAGAUGGACGAGUUGCGGGAGCAGCUCCUGGAUGCUUUCCGACAGCAGAUGAAGAUCAGGAAGAGCCUGAUCGAGCUGGAGAACAGCAACAUGGAGAUCCAGAUGGACACCUCCAGACAUCUCGUCACCGUUGCAGACUGGGAGCAGGAGCAGAGUAAACGCAGGAGAAAGUGGCGUGCAGAGAGAAGGAAGGAAAGCGUCAACAAAGACGAAAGUGAGAAGGACUCGGAUUCCUCCGAGUCGCCCCCAGACAGCACAGAGACUCGGGAGGUAGCAGUGGCUCGGGAAAACCUGGUCCUCCUGAUGGCCGAACAGAAGAAGAUUCAAAAGCAGAAGGGUUUAUUGGAGCAGAGGUUCCUGGAGCUGCGGGAUCGCGGCCGACGCCUCGAGGAGCUGCUUCCUCGCAGGGUGAGCUCAGAGGAGCAGCGCGAAGUCCUCGGCCUCCUCUGCAAGGUCCACGAGCUGGAGAUGGAGAACGCAGAGAUGCAGUCCCACGCUCUGAUCAAAGACAGCGUCAUCCGGCAGAAGAACUUUGUGGUGCAGCGCUUUGAGCAGCACAGACACCUGUGUGACGAGAUCAUUCAGCAGCAGAGGCAGUUCAUAGACGGUGAGCGGUUGGAAUUUAUAUUCAUUUACUUGGAAAAAAACUGGAAAAAAGAGUCGCACAGAAUGAAUGAUGCAAUUAAAACCUUCCAUCGGUUCAUUUUUCAUUCAUUCCUAAGCAGGGCCCAGAAAAUACUGACUUUUCAAUAUUUCUCUGAGGGAUCUUUACCAAAGAUCUCGUUGCCGACUCAAGGUCGGGAUUACACGCUGGAUGCAGACUCCGACCAGGACAGCGUACGCAACAUGUUCACCGACACCAGACGAGGUCAAGCCAAAAUGCGCAGACACACCUUACCUCCCAUCCUACCUGAAGCCGAGCCAGACAGAGUUUUCAAGAGCAGCCCUCAUGCCAGGCAGAUCAAGAACUCGGCUGUAAUGACCCCCCCUCCGAUUCACAUCAACGGAAAAGGAAACAGAGAGCUGCAGCAUCUGGCUCCAGAAAGCUUCACCAGCUACAGUCACCUCAGCAACAGCAUCAGCAGCCAUCUGGACUCCUCACCUGAGAGCAGCGAGGCGGGGGCUGAUUUGACCCUGGCUCGUAAUGAGCGGCAGCAGAUCCUUAAAGGGGUCCAGAACAUCGUGGUGAAAGCGGCCCGUCGACGUUCCAAAGCCCUGGAAGUGGAUGUCCUGCGUUUACCCGCCGCCCCCUCUCCCCUGGACCCCAAGAAGCAGAAAAGCAACCUUUUUUUGAUAGAGGCGCCCCCUACAGGUCUCCCCCUGCGCCGCGGCCGGCAGCCAAGCCCUGAGCUGCGACACGCCACCUCUGAUGAUAACCUGUCCAGCAGCACAGGGGAGGGGCCGGGCCUCCAUGUGACCUGGACGCGUCCUCGCAACCGCUUCGCUACCAACAAGAACCAAACGCCUCGCGAAGUCGACUUCGAGGCUCGUCGCAAGAAAAGACGCUCAAGGUCUUUUGAGGUCACCGGUCAAGCACUGCCUCCAACCAAAGCCAUCACAGCUCAGAGGUUCCGGCCUCUGGACAGCACGUCGGACCCUCAUCUUCAUAUAAACGGCCAACCCCAGGCCCCCAUGCUGCGUCCCCAGUACAGAGGGGUCCCUCCUAUCGCCAAAGUCAGGCCUCACCACAGCAGCCACACACCAGCAGGGUCGAACGCUGAGUCUUCUACGGCCAGCAUGAAUAACCUGAAGAGGGGACCUCACCUGCGGCACCCGCUUCUCUACGUCACCACCACAGGCGCCGGAGCCCAGCGUGGCCGCAGACACUGAGCAAGCAGACGAAGAGGCGGCCAUCUGUCAGGUGUCUGACCCUUCACCGGGUGUUCAUCCCCCCAAAAAGACCCCAAAUCCUGCUGAACCCUUCGAGUUCAAUACCAGACAUCUGCCGUUCUGAGAAGCAACUUGAAGGAGACUUUAGGGCUGGUUAUCCUCCCGCAGCAGUGUGUCAAAGUUAGCUUGUCGCAUCUAUGAUGCAGAUAUUUUUGAUUUAUGCCCAAUUUUGAAGCGUGGUCUGCGCUAUGUUAUUCCACAACACCACGCAAGAGGGACAAUCACCAACUACCUAG